AUGGCCAGACCAAGCUCGGCUCGGGGCAAAAGCCCCCUGCCAGAAAAGUCCCAAGUUGCGGCCAAGGGAAAAAGCACGUCGUAUCAGUCUGACGGCGUAGAGGACAACGAUGUUUUCCUGCUCCCCGGCACUGACUACCUCGUGCUUCUUGCCCUGACCAUUGUCGGCGCUGCUGUGCGCAUCUUUCGAAUCUCGCAGCCCACCAGCGUUGUGUUUGACGAAGUCCACUUUGGUGGCUUUGCUUCCAAAUACAUCAAGGGAAAGUUCUUCAUGGACGUUCACCCUCCUCUGGCCAAGAUGCUCAUUGCCCUGACGGGCUGGCUUGCUGGCUUCGACGGUGACUUUGACUUCAAGGAUAUUGGCAAGGACUAUCUGGAGCCUGGUGUUCCCUACGUUGCCAUGCGCCUCUAUCCUGCCCUCUGCGGAAUCUUUCUUAUCCCUUGCAUCUUCCUGACGCUCAAAGCUGUCGGCUGCCGUACUUUCACCGCUGCCAUGGGCGCCGGCCUCAUCAUCUUCGAAAACGGUCUUCUUACUCAGGCCCGUCUCAUCCUACUCGAUGCUCCCCUCGUUGCCGCUACCGCAUUCACUGCCCUUGCGUUCAACUGCUUCACCAACCAGCAUGAGCUCGGUCCCUCGAAGGCAUUCAGCGUCACCUGGUGGUUCUGGCUUGCUAUGACUGGCCUUGGCCUGGGUAUCACUGGCAGCAUCAAGUGGGUUGGACUCUUCACCAUUGCCUGGGUUGGCGCCUUGACCCUCGUCCAGCUCUGGGUCCUCCUCGGCGACAACAAGAACGUCUCUCUUCCCACUUGGUUUAAGCACUUCGCCGCUCGUGUUCUGUGCCUCAUCGUCAUUCCGGCCGCCUUCUACAUGGCCAUGUUUGCCAUCCACUUCGUCUGCCUCGUUAACCCCGGUGACGGUGACGGCUUCAUGAGCUCUGAAUUCCAGGCUACGCUCAACCACAAGGGCAUGAACGAUGUUGCCGCCGACGUUCUUAUGGGCAGUCGCGUCACCAUCCGUCACGUCAACACCCAGGGCGGCUACCUACAUUCCCACCCUCUCAUGUACCCAACCGGCUCCAAGCAGCAGCAGAUCACGCUUUAUCCCCACAAGGACGACAACAACAUCUGGCUGCUCGAGAACCAGACGCAGCCUCUUGGAAUCGACGGCCAACCAAUCAACGGAACAAAGGCAUGGGAUAGCCUCCCCGAGCCCCAGUACAUCAAGGAUGGCACUGUACUUCGCCUCUUCCACACCCCUACUUUCCGUCGCCUUCACUCUCACGAUGUUCGCCCUCCUGUGUCCGAGCAUGAUUGGCAAAAUGAAGUUUCCGCGUAUGGCUAUGAGGGCUUUGACGGUGACGCCAACGAUUUCUUCAAGGUCGAGAUUGUCAAGAAGCAGUCAGACGGUGCUAUUGCCAAGGAGCGUCUCCGAACCAUCGAGACCAAGUUCCGUCUUGUUCAUCUCAUGACUGGCUGUGUGCUCUUCUCCCACAAGGUCAAGCUUCCUGAUUGGGCUUCUGAGCAGCAGGAAGUUACUUGCGCUAAAGGCGGUAGCCUCCCCAACAGUUUGUGGUACGUCGAGCACAACGAGCACCCCCAGCUUGGUGAGGAUGCCGCCAAGGUCAACUACCGCAAGCCCGGCUUCUUCGGCAAGUUUAUCGAGCUUCACCAGGUUAUGUGGAAGACGAACGCCGGUCUCACCGACUCUCAUGCCUGGGAUUCCCGACCUGAGUCUUGGCCCAUUCUGCGUCGCGGUAUCAACUUCUGGGGCCGCAACCACACCCAGAUUUACCUCCUGGGCAACCCCAUUAUUUGGUGGUCCGUCACUGUCACCGUUGCCAUCUGGGUUGCUUUCAAGGGUAUUGCCAUUCUCCGCUGGCAACGUAGCUGCGAUGACUACUCCAACGCUACCCUCAAGCGCUUCGACUACGAGCUUGGCAGCUCUAUUCUUGGCUGGGCUCUGCACUACUUCCCCUUCUUCCUGAUGAAGCGCCAGCUGUUCCUCCAUCACUACUUCCCUGCCCUCUACUUUGGUGUUAUUGCUCUCAGCCAGCUGUUUGACUUUGCCACUGCUCGCUUCGGCGGUCUGGGCAAGAAUAUGCCCGUCAUCAAUCGCGCUGCCACGUCUCUGUUCCUGGUUCUCGCCAUUGCUGCAUUUGCUCUGUACAGCCCUCUGGCCUACGGCAACGAAUGGACCAAGGGCGAGUGCAACACCCUCAAGCUCUUCUCUAACUGGGACUUUGACUGCAACACCUUCUACGACAAGUACGACGACUACGCCUCGGCCCGCAGUGCGGUUUUCAACGCUACUGCUGUAACUGCUCCAUCCUCUGAACCCUCCAUCAUCUCCAAGGAAGAGAAGAUUGAGUUCCGCGAUCAGGAUGGUAACCUUUUAAGUGACGAGCAGGUUGCUGAACUCAAGGGCAAGGUUGACUUCGAGACCAAGUAUGAGACGAAGACGCGCGUCGUUGACGACAGCGGUGUCGAGAUCCCGGCCCCGGAGGGCGGCUGGGAGGGUAAGCUCGGCGGUGCCGGCGUUGCUCCUCCCCACCCCGACGUAGACGGUGUGGACGAGAAGACGGUUGCUGGCAAGGACGCUGGCGCAGCCAAGGAGUUUGCCGCCAGUCGUGAUGGCGAGAAGGAGGCCGAGGGCUCCAAGGCCAAGCCUGCGAGCGAAGGCAAGGAGGCCACUCGCAAGGACGAGCUGUAA